ACACCCAUCAGAAACAAUAUGUGGUCAGAAAAGAAUCUAACCCUAUUUAUUCUUCUUCAAUGGAUACCUAGCAAGUAGCAACAAUAUGUGAAUGAAUUGUUUUGUUGGGUCAUCCUCGUUUUCUCCAAAUCUUUUUUUAUAAAAAAUCUGUUUCUGCUGCUGACAUGGACGUGAAUGCUUUUCCAAAGCUUGUAUGUGGGUGGAGUUGGGAGGAGAACAAGUUGUUCGAGCUGGCUUUGGCAGUGGUUGACGAGGAAGAUCCGCAGCGCUGGGAUGUAGUUGCAGCCUUGGUUGGAGGUAAAAAGAGUGCAGAGGAUGUCCAGAAACAUUAUGUCAUUCUUUUGGAGGAUUUGCAGGUCAUAGAAUCUGGUAAACUGGAUCACAAACUCGGGCAGCAGCCGCCGAAGAAUUAUGUUCAAGUGGAUCAUUGCACUCAAUCCGUAUGCUGGACUGACGAAACUAACAACUUGCUGGUUCAGUUGGACUUGAAUUAAAUCUUUCCGGCAAACUGCUAUCUGUCGAAGCUUUCUUGUUCAAGCGUGUAUCCGAAAUUGGAUGAAGUGAAGCUGUUGGUCAUUGCAAGUGUAACAGUUUGAAAGCUCUCUCAGCAGCUUGUAAAAUAUCCACCCUUCUCUUCUUGUAAAACACAAGUUUAGUGAAAUCAAGUGAGAUAGAUUGACACUCGAAACC